GCCGCCGAGAUAAGCUGACUUUCCCGGAUUUUCUCAGUAUCCUCUGACUCACUGUCCGUUAUCAGUCGCUUUGCCAAGUACCUGCUUGUCUCUAGCUCGCGCCAUGCUAUCCUAUUCAUCCUCUAUUCUUGCUAUUCUUGAUGCUCUCCGCACAUCCCCCUUCUCCACGGCUUCCCUUCACGCCGCCGAAAGCUCGACCUCUGAGCUUAGUCUAACCCUCGACGAUGUCAUAAACUAUCCUGAUGACGACCAGUGCAUCAACCAGAAUUCGGAUUAUGUCUCUGCUCCAAUAACACCACCGCGUCCUCGCUCAAACGCCAUGUCGCUGGACUUUAUCCUCCGUUCGUCAGCGUCGCCUCCUCGCAGUGAUGCCUAUGCCAACCGAGCACACGGGGUGCGGCUUUCUCUACCAUCUACCGGCAACGAGGACACCACCAAUAUCCCCGCUCCAUCUUCGAGGCAUUUUACGCUCAGUGCGAUGUCUUCGAUGUCCAAUAUCGCUGAGCAGAAACCCCUUGAGAUGGUGGAUAGUGUUUAUGGCUGGGUGCCGCCGAAUGGGCAUGCAUACAUCGUGCUCGACGCUCAUGAUUCGACUAUAAAUACUCUGUGUGCGCUGUCUCCUCGUUUCCGUGUUCCGUUCGCAAUGCGUCCUACAGUCACAUCCGGUCCCUCUCCCCUCCCAACCGGUGUCAGCUCAUCUGUCCUUGCGCAUUUUACUGCUGCAGUCACUCCUCGGCGCGCUAGACCGAGAAACGAGGCUGUCGCCGCGUUGCACGAACCGCCCAUCAAGCAAGAGCCUCUUUCAUCAGUGGCUGCGGCGUUGCCUCCACACUUCGACGGUCAGCCAUCAACAUUAUCAAUAGCCUCAUCGCAACCGUCGCCCUCGAUGUCUGCGCGGCUCGUAGCAACCCAGCACACCGCUCGUGUCAAGCUUCCGGCCACCGUUGCGCCUUCGACCUCUGCGCUGCCAGUGUCCGUGCCAGUGCACGUUUCUUCUCCAGCAGGUCCUACGACGCCGACACCGCAGUCAAGGCGCAGACCACCCCCUCCUCGUGGUGGUGUCGCGCCUGCACUCGCGCGGAGCAUCACGCACAUUCGCAUGGCACGCGAGCGGGCGAUGCACCUGCGGACACAGGCGGAUAUAGGUGCAGCAGACGGGGAAAGACCCCGGGCGCCAAGCGUGUUGGGGCGGUGGCAGGCUGGGCAGAGGUAAGGCGGCGUGCUGCAGGAGGAAAGGGGUUGUGCUUGUGCUUUCGUUUGUUGGCUGCGUUCUGCUCGCUCAGCGAUGGCUUUCUUUGGCAACGCCCCCCUUUUUAUCUCCCGAUAUAAUCGGAGAAAUCACUGUUCCGGCCUCUACACAGUAAGGACACGUACCGCCCAGCGGCAAUGCUGCGGUAAGCGUCCAUCACAUAAUCACUGCUCAGUAUGAUACAUGAC